AGAAAAGAGGGGAGGGUAGGAUAGAUGAGAGAGGGAGGCAGAGCUGCUGGUUGUCUUAAGACUGCAGACUCUUUGGAGAGUUAAAGUCUAGUUUAGUUAGUUGGUCCAGGUCGUCACACGGCAGGGAUGGGCGAUCCAGCCACCCUGGUAGAGUCCACCACCCCUCCUGUCACGACAGGGCCGACUAUGAUCGCUGGGGAGAUGCAAGUUGAGGAACCCGCCCGUUCAAGGCCUGCUGACCAGACAGCCGAGGAGGACAAGGCAGCGUGGAGGUCAUGGUGGGGGCCUGGUGGUUGGUUUCAAGAUGGAGCUAAAGCCCAGUCAGCCAAUAAGAAUGGGAAGAAGGUGGACUCUGGGUGCAGCAGCAGCAGCUUCUUCACCUGGUUCAUCGUGUUAGCCCUGCUGGGUGUCUGGACGUCUGUAGCCGUGGUCUACUUCGACUUGGUUGACUAUCAAGGAGUUCUUGACAAGGCUAAGGGCUUACAAAUUAACCUGUCUGAGGCCUUGCAAGGUAAACUGGUGGCAUACGAUACAGACGGCGACGGUGAUUUUGAUGUCGAGGAUGCUAAAGUUCUGGUAGGACUCAAAGACAAGGCUGUCGUCGUCUCGUCUCGCGGUGAAGAAGACGCCGCCCCAGCGGAGGCCGCUGACCCAGAACCAGAACCAGAAGCUAUUGUUGAGCCUGACCCUGUCCCAGUGGAAGAUGUUAUUCAAGCUGCUGUGGCAGAAGACACCUCUGCUCCACCUCCAGAGCCUGAACCUGAGGUGGUCGCAUCUGAGCCCGAACCAGAACCAGAACCUGAACCAGAACCAGAGCCUGUGGAGACGACCGAGGUGUUUGAGGAGGAUCCAGAGGUGCUGGAGGAGGAGCCGCUAGCUGUAGAGGAGGAUGCACCUGCUGAGGAGGGUGCUCCGGCUGAAGAACCAGCAGCUGAAGAAGAACCAGCAGCUGAAGAAGAACCUGCAGCUGAAGAAGAACCUGCAGCUGAAGAAGAACCUGCAGCUGAAGAAGAACCUGCAGCUCAGGAGGUUCGAGAGAAGGUGGAGGCUGCAGCUGAAGAGUCUGUUGAGGAGGCAGUGGAGGAACCUGCUGCUGUGGAGGAACCUGAGGAGGAGGAGGAGGCGGAGGCAGCUGAGGCUGGAGAGGAGGACAGUGAUCCCGCAGAAGAAGUUGUCGAAGAGCCAGCUGAACAAGAGGAGGCAGCUCCUGCUGAAGAAGCUGCUGAGGAGCAGCCUGAAGAGGAGGCAGAACCUUUAGAAGAAGCUGUAGAGGAAGUAGCAGCAGCAGAGGAGGAGGUGGAGGCUGCUCCUUCAGAGGAACCUGCGGAGGAACCUGUAGAAGAGGCUGCUGAGGAGAUGGCUACAGAAGAAGCUGUUGAAGAUGUAGCAGCAGCAGAAGAAGAGGAGGUUGCACUUGCAGACGAACCUGCUGAGGAACCCGCUGAGGAAGAGGAGGCAGCUCCUUCAGAAGAAGCUGUUGAGGAGCAGGCUGAAGAGGAGGCAGCUCCUGAAGAAGAAGUAAUGGAGGAGCAGACAGAACCAGAGACAGAAGAAGCAGCAGCACAAGAAAUAGAGGAGGCAGCAGAAGAAGCAGCAGAGGAACAGAUUCAGGAUGAGCCCACAGAAACGUAGAGGCUUUAGCAGUUGCCACGGUGACGGAGCUAGGACCCACUGACGGCUGCAUCAGUACCAUCUGAGCAUGCUCAGUGCAAUGAUGCAUCUCUCCACCUCCAGAGAAACGAUUGAGUCGUCAUGACACCCCCCCCCCCCCCCCCCCCCCCCGUGUCCUCCCUCUGACUCCUUUUAGUUUAAUGUGAGACGACGGAUGAACUGUUUUUAAUGCGGUACUCCUGUUUCUACCCUCCAUUGUUCUUCUUCUUUCUCUCUUCUUGGAGACCUUUUUCUAUUUUAGUUCAGAGUGUUUUAAUUGUGUGUGUGUGCGUGCGUGCAUGUGUGUGUGUGCGUGCGCGUGUAUGUGUUCGGCCGGUUAACCAGAGUCUUGUAUCUGAAAGAGCCAUCACGUCAAACCAGCUUACAUUUACUUUAUCAGUGACGUCAUUUGGCCUCCUGGAGUGAAAUUCUGAUGCCAAGUUAAAAGAAAAGAAGCCAAAGUCUACAUCUGAACUCAAAUCUGUAGUUUCAUAACAGACUUUGGUGUUUAUAGGUUCAGAAGCUUCACACUUUUAAAAAUCACAAACCUCAUUGUGAACGCUGCAGAAUGUCUCCUGCUGACGGAGGCAACAAAAUUCUUGUUAAUGUUCUCUCUGAAUCUGCGCCCCUUUAUUGCAGAAUUAUUUCCUAAUGUAGAGAAUCAGCUCCACAGCGAUGGAGAUUCUAUGCAAAGGUUUUCAGUUCAGUUUCCACUCAGUGUGUGGACUCCAGGAUGAGCCACAGGAACUCAGAACGCUGUGGUGUCUGUUUGUGAUCUAAUCUUCUGCUAAUCAUUCCUCUCUGUGAGCCGUAGUGUCAGGAUGUUAGAUCUGUGUUUGACUCUCCUUCUGUGUGUGUGUGUGUGUGUGUGUGUGUUUUGUUUUUUCAGUAUUUUCUCAUUUGAUUGCAAGACCAUCGACUAAGUUAAACUUCAGCUCUUUGAACUGUGACGUUAAUGAGGACACCAUGAACGGUGCCGAAGUUCUUUUACCCCUAAACACACCAGCGAUUAGACGGGUCCCUGCAGAUUCAGGAGGGAUAGAAGCAUUUUUAACCCUGUGUGAACCAGAUCAGACUCCCACUUUUCCAAACGUCUGGCUCACAGAGGGUUAAACAGAUCAGGCGUCUUAUUCCCGUGGAGCUCCAGGAGUUUGUUUUAAUCGUCAGUAACUCUUUAUUCACUGUCCCUUUUUUUUUCUUUUUGACAGCAGAAAUAAUCUCCGUGUGUUUUCCACAUCAUCUCACGCACACCUUGACAUGCUUAGCCAAAUGAAAGCAUUUUCUUUCUUGUUUUUGCCAGAGCUGCAGAUAAACAUCUUUUCUGUGCCCCUGUUUAACGUGUAAAUGACCCCGUAUGGGAUGAAAUCUGAGCAUAACACUAAGAUGAUGAAAUACUGACAGUAACUGAUGUGUAGAUGUUGGAGAAGUCGUUACAACACACUACAUUUUGUGGGUUUUUGGUGUCACAGUCCCAUUUUAUGUCUCUAGUCCUCACUUCCUGUAACUACCAUGUUGUUAGGGAUGAAACACAUUCCAGUCAUGUUCAGUAGCUGUUUUUGUAGUUUUUUUUCUUUCCCUCUAACACUAGCUGGUCUUUUCUACUUCUUAACACUUUGUAAAUCAAUGUGAAGCGUGAAACCUUUUUAACAUUGAAGAUUACAGUCUUUACCAAGAGAGCUUCUAGAUUUUUAAAAAAAGGAACAUUUUUAAAAAGAACUCUACUUUCUGAAAAUGCUUUAAAAAGCUUUUUAUGAAGCCAUAAGCUGUUUGUCGACAGGCAGGUUUGAGGGGCUGCGCUACUCCAGGACAAACUCUGAUUCUGUAAUGAGACAAAAACAAGAGCAAUAAAGUAAAAUGCAGCAGAUAAACCGCUGCAGCAACAACAUGAAGCAGGCUGUCCAGCUUCUCAUGACUCAUGUUUGAUCAGAAGUCGUGUCUGAGCUGUAGAGGGUCGGGAUGUUUGGGCAGCUUUGUUUCCAGACAAAGCAGGAGCUGGUAAAAAUAACACAAGGGGAAAAUGAACGACUUCCUGUUAGCCUCAUGGUGUUGCUGUCAGUCACAACCUCUGGUCUGCAGGUCUGAUUGAAUCCUGCAGACUCUUACUGUGGUCAAUAAAUUAUUGUGAAGUAAUGAUGGGUUGUUUCAAGGAGAUUUGAAGUGGCACCAUUUUCUGUCAGUGAUCUGUUCUGGGAGCUGCAGUAAAUAAAAGGUUUGGGACAACAAA